AUGUCGGAGCUUCCGCAUUGUCCACAUUCUUGUGAGCGCUCCAUGGCUGUUCCUUUGCACCCUCCUGCACAACCAGAGGUUCGGACCAAGCGAGUUGAUUCAAGAAGGGACAAAGGAGGGACGCAGGCUCUCCGUAUUCUGUCCUCGGAGCGCUGGACCGGCGCCACCAAGAUCAGCUGCAGCCCUGUCUCUCGUCGCUCAAGACUGCAUCACUCCCUCUUGAACCUGCACCUUGCUAGUCCGCCAACCUCAUCCCUCUUCCAUACCUCAACAACAAAGCACAGCUCUGCAAGCACUCAGCUUGCUUCUCAAUCGACCUCUCCGCAAGCAUAUGUCUCAUUAUCUUCAAAUCCAUGGUUCAACCUGGCCUUCGAAGAUCACCUGUUCCGCACGGUCGAGCCGUCAAUACCCGUGUGUUUCCUCUACCGCAACUCGCCAUGCGUCGUGGUAGGACGCAAUCAGAACCCAUGGAAGGAGCUCAACGCAUCAGCCAUGCGAUCCAUCGGCCUGCCCAUGGUACGACGGCGUUCCGGAGGUGGUACGGUGUAUCACGAUCUGGGCAACACCAACUACUCGUUCCACAUUCCACGCGAAGCGUUUGACCGACGCACACACGCCGAACUCGUAACCCGCGCGCUCAACGCUGCCCCCGUGGGACUCGUCCAAUCACGUUCCGAUCUCGCUCGCUCCGACAUCGGCACAUACGUCAACGGACGGAACGACAUCUGCAUUCGAGUCAAGAGUGGCUUCGACCGCAGUUCAACCGCAAAGACGAAAGCAGAGGCGGACGAGCAAGGGUUCGAGGAGCGGAAGGUUUCCGGUAGCGCGUACAAGCUGGUCAACAAGCGAGCGUAUCACCACGGAACCAUGCUGCUCUCCGCGAGCUUGGGCAGUCUAGGUAGCUCGCUGAGGAACGAUCGUGGGGAACUGCUGGUGACGAAGGGUGUAGCAUCGGUGCCUGCACCUGUGGCAAAUCUGUCCGAUGCUUUCCCGGAUCGAAAAGCGAUGCUCAGCCACGACAUAUUUGUCCAAGCUGUCGUCGCCGAGUUCCACCGAACCUAUCCCAAUCCCCAAUUGAAUGCACCAGCAGCAAUCGAAGUGGAUGAGUCGAGCCUGGACGAUGCACAACUGAAUCAAGGUCGGUGGAAGUUGAAGGAGAACUUUGACGAACUGCAGAGUUGGACGUGGGUGUUUGGACAGACGCCCGAAUUCACGCAUCGUGUAUCGAUGCACGAUGCAUCGGAGGUCGGUUCAGAGGACGGAAGAGGUUGGGGUCCAUUCUCUGUGGAGAUCCAUUCCAAAGAGGGGAUGGUGUUGGAUGCAAAACUGACAGAUGCCAGGUUUGACGAUGCAAAGGUGGAGAGGGAGGUGCGCGGUCUGAUCGAGGGGUUGAAAGGGAGAAGCAUUGCCAUCGUCCGUUCGUACCCAAGAGCAGCACGAAGCUCUCCACGCUACUCUCUAUGCGUUCUGCUCGUGAUACGGCGCACAUCCGACAUGGGUCCAUACCGUUCUCGCCUCGUUGCCAAUGGACUGGCCUUGGAGAGUCUGAUGCGACAAAGAGAACAACCUGAACCCUCUUUUAUCGAGGCUCUAGAGAGGAAAUAA